UGUCAACCAUGAUGUUUGCUGAUUAUAUAUGAUGGAAUUCUCCGAGUGAAGACGUAAUCUUGUGCAAGAUCUGGUAUAAAAGCCACAACGGAUUGCUAGAUCAGACACACAUCGCCAUGCGCUUCUCAUUCGUUCUCCUGCUCGCGGUCCUCGGCUGCUUCCUGCUGGCCCGGAAGGGUGGUGCCACAGGCACCUCCACCACCGUGGCCUCCACCAGCAGCACCACCACCACCAGCUCCUCGGCCACCACCACCACCGCCGCGACGUCCACUGCCACCACAACAGUUGCUCCCUCCACCGCAACCACCACCGUUGCCUCAUCGUCCUCGGACACGACCACGGCGUCGUCCUCUUCCUCGGGAUCGUCAGGCUCAAGCUCGGCAGCGGCUAGGCGUCGCAGACGUGCCUUCAUUCGUCGUCGUCGCCAGCUGAGGAGGCAGCGACAAGAGCGCAGGAGGCGUCGCAUGCUCCAGCUGUACGAGAGGCAGCGUAGGCUGAUCAACCAGCUCAGCGGCUAGGCAUGCAAAAAGGACUCGUCAGGCGAUGUCAUGGCCUCAGU